CGAAUCUCCGCAGUCAGCUGCUGUGAGCGCGCAGCACCGCUCUGCCACAGACAGCAAAAGGAGGAGAGGGAGGAGAAGAUACAGCACACGGGCGAACACUCAGGAGCAUCAUGGCACCAAUUGGAUUAAAGGCGGUCGUUGGCGAAAAGAUCAUGAAUGAUGUCAUCAGGAAGGUGAAGAAGAAGGGAGAAUGGAAGGCUUUGAUAGUGGACCAGCUCAGCAUGAGGAUGUUGUCUUCUUGCUGCAAAAUGACUGAUAUCAUGACAGAGGGCAUCACUAUUGUUGAAGACAUUAACAAGCGAAGAGAGCCUCUCCCUUCAUUGGAGUCCAUUUACCUGAUAACCCCAACUGAGAAGUCUGUGCAGACUCUCAUCAAUGACUUCAAAGAUCCCCAUUCAGCGAAAUAUAAAGCGGCUCAUGUCUUCUUUACUGACUCUUGCCCGGACCCCCUUUUUAAUGAAGUGGUGAAGAGCCGUGCCUCGAAAACCAUUAAAACCCUAAAUGAGAUCAACAUCGCCUUCCUGCCCUACGAGUCCCAGGUGUUCUCUUUGGACAAUCCUGAUGCCUUCCAGAGUUUCUACAGUCCUCAUAAGACACAGCUGAAGAACUCUGUGAUGGAACGCUUGGCCGACCAGCUGGCAACUCUGUGUGCCACACUGAAGGAAUACCCUGCCGUCCGAUACCGAGGUGAGUAUAAAGAUAACGCCACUCUGGCUCAGCUGCUUCAGGACAAACUGGACGCCUACAAGGCAGAUGAUCCCACAAUGGGGGAGGGCCCAGACAAGGCUCGCUCCCAGCUCAUUAUUCUGGACCGAGGUUUCGACCCUGCCUCUCCUGUCCUGCACGAGCUCACCUUCCAGGCUAUGGCCUAUGACCUGCUGCCCAUUGAGAAUGAUGUCUACAAGUAUGAUACUAGUGGGAUGGGAGACUCUCAUGAGAAAGAAGUGCUACUGCAUGAAGACGAUGACCUCUGGGUGGCGCUACGGCACAAACAUAUUGCUGAGGUCUCUCAGGAGGUGACGCGCUCCCUGAAGGAAUUUUCUGCUAGUAAACGGAUGAACACUGGAGAGAAGACCACUAUGAGGGACCUGUCUCAAAUGCUGAAGAAGAUGCCACAGUACCAGAAAGAGCUCAGCAAGUACUCAACCCAUCUGCAGUUGGCCGAGGAUUGCAUGAAGAACUACCAGGGAACCGUGGACAAGUUGUGCCGUGUAGAGCAGGAUCUCGCUAUGGGAACAGACGCAGAGGGCGAAAAGAUUAAAGACCCCAUGAGGGCCAUCGUGCCAAUCUUGCUGGAUGCCAACGUCACUACCUACGACAAGAUCCGUAUCAUCCUGCUCUAUAUUUUCCUGAAGAACGGGAUCACGGAGGAGAACCUUAACAAGCUAAUUCAACAUGCCCAGAUCCCUCCUGAGGACAGUGAGAUCAUCACCAAUAUGGCUCAUCUGGGUGUCCCAAUCAUCACAGAUUCUACUCUCCGCAGAGGCAAGAAGCUCGAUCGUAAAGAGCGUGUGAGCGAGCAGACCUACCAGCUUUCUCGCUGGACCCCACUCGUCAAAGAUAUAAUAGAGGAUGCAAUCGAAGACAAGCUGGACACUAAACAUUAUCCGUACAUCUCAACACGCUCGUCUUCUUCCUUCAGCACUUCUGCAGUCAGUGCCCGAUAUGGCCACUGGCACAAGAAUAAAACCCCUGGAGAGUACCGUACAGGACCUCGCGUCAUUGUCUUCGUCAUUGGGGGCGUGUCUUUUAGCGAGAUGCGCUGUGCCUAUGAGGCCACACAGGCCAAUGGCAAAUGGGAGGCCAUCAUUGGUUCUACCCACACGCUCACCCCAACCAAAUUUCUAAUGGACCUGCGGCACCCCGACUUCCGAGAAUCCACUAGGGUGUCCUUUGAGGACCCUGACCCCUCAGACCAGUGAGAGAGAGAGAAAGAGGGAAGGGUGGGAGAGAGAAAUCACACUCUGACAAAGUUCGACCCAUAUCGUCGCCCCCACCCAGCUUCUGGAUGCUCUCAAGGCCAUGAACAAACCCGACGAGGAGCAGACAAGCUAAAAUCACAAUUUCCUCCCUCCCAACCCCAUCGCCCAGUUACCCUCUCCCUCCCUUCAUCUGUCGCCCUGUAAAUCACACCUACUGCUAUAUAAAUUGUGUAUGCAUCUUGCUUGAGAAAAAAAAAAGAUUGGUGAAGUUAAAAGGAUAUUCUAUAAAUGUAUAUAUAUUUAAAUAUAUAUAAGUAUUCUUCUGUUUUACAAUGGAUGCAAAUAAUUACUGUCAAACUGAGUUUUCAUUAUUAAUUGCCAUUUAUAAACUUUAAAGUACCAAAUGUAAUAUUGUACGUUAUGAAAUCUGCUAGAAUGCGUAAAUGGUAGAUAAUGUUUUGUGUUCGCUCCUUAUUUAACCUGGUGUGUUUUUUUCCUGUGCUUUAUUAUUUAAUUUUUUAUGGUUUAAAAGUGGUUGGGGGAGGGACUGUGUUGUUUGCAAAUAGACCAGUGAGGCAAAAUAAAGCAUAUCACUUCCUACUCUGAAGGCUAAACUGCCAUCCAGUUUAGAUGCUUGGGUUUAAUUGUUGUCUCAUUUUAGAUGUGCAUGCCAUGCACGCUUCUAUGUGGCCCUAUUGACAUGUUUUAAAACACUGGGGAGAAAAAGGAAUAAAAAACAAAAUGAAACUGAGCAUCUUCUGGGACUCCAGUGAUGAAGAGGAAGGAGGCCAAAGGAGUAACAGAUCAAAGCAGCCUCAAGCUGUAUAAGUGAAAGAGACACUGUACAUAGAAAGCGGACGUCACCCCUCUGUCAGUCUCAAUUCCGGGAUCAUUUACUCUCCAUAUAUUUUCCUUUCACGUCUCCUUCUACAAAGACCUCAUGGUUUAAUGUGAAGAAGGCCGUUGCUUGCAGAUGUUUAAGGAAUUCAAAAAAAGGGCCAGUUGUAUUUCAGUAUUGUAUCUCGUCUUAUCAUUGGUUAGUAAACGAUGUUUAACUGGGACAUGCACUGAGUAGUGUGUUGUUGUAUGCCAUAUGUUACUGUUUUUUCGUCUCACUGUUGACUGGUGAAAAUUUCUGACUGUGAAGUAGUAAAACUUUCCUUUGCCAAUGUGAAGCCACUGUGUUUGUGAUGUAUUAGCUGUAGCUGUAGUGAUAAACUGGGGAAAAAUAGGUAAUAUCUAUCUUUCAUUUGUCUGAUAGUUUCUUUAUUAUUCUCUGUUAUAUCUUCCACUGGUGAAUGGCUUGAAACGCAGACCCCUUUUUUAAUAGCCUAUUUGGGUUUCAGUUUAAUCUCUUUAAUCUGUUCUGACAGAAAGGUUGUAUAUUGCACUACAUGUUUUCUGUGAUGCAAACGCUUCUACGGUUCUCUACCUUUUUUAAAUUAUUACCUUAUUUUGGGUUUGCUGUUGUAUAGUUGUGUUGACUGGAUUGAUUUCUCUUAAUAAGAAUAUCAAUAAGAACUCAGUUCGUCCUAAACCUGUCGAUCUUACUGGGAUUCUAUGUUUGCGAGUGUUGAAGCACAAACUAAAAUAUACUUCAUGUGUACCGAUGUGUUAAGCCUGUCUAAUAAAUCGGCUUCCA